CCAGCAGCCGCGUAUACCAUCUCCUCGACGGAUGUCCCGCCCCCGAUCGAGUAUUCGAGAUCGCCUCUGGUAUUAGUGGCUGCAUUAUCUCAGGAACUGCCGUGUGUCGAGGCCGCCGGCCUGCCGUUCGACUCAUCCCAAGAUAAGGACUUUCUUCUCGCUCAUGACCUUAAAGUCGCCAUGGCUUGCUGGCGAUUCCCAAGCUCCUCUGAUCCUCUCAUCUCUUCCCAGCCCUUCGCCACCCCUAGCAGCUUCAGCUAGCUUCUGAAACUGCGCCACCAUCGCCACGCUUCCACUAAUACAGACAGCUUCCCAGUAUGCUUCGGAUCGGUGUUGAUGUCGGUGGUACGAACACGGACGGCGUCCUGAUCGACGUCAGCCGUCUCCGUGAGCCUACCCGCGGCGUGCUCGCACACUACAAGUCGCCCACCACCCCCGACGUCUCUACUGGUAUCGAGAUCGCGGUCCGCCGCGUUCUUGAGGAGGCCGCCCUCCCGCCCUCCGACGUUUCCUCCGUCAGCAUUGGCACGACCGCGUUCAUCAACGCUGUGCUCGAGGCAGACGCCCGCCGUCUUGCCAAGGUUGCUGUGAUCCGUCUUUGUGGCCCGUACACCCGCCAGUGCCCGCCCUUCGUCGACUUCCCGAAGCGCCUGCGCACCUUGACCGAAGGCCAUAUUGGCUACGUCGACGGCGGCUUCGAAAUCGAUGGACGUGAGAUCCUGCCCCUCAACGAGCAGCAGAUCAAGGAGCAAUGCGCGCUGAUCAAAGAAAAGGGCCUCGUCAACAUCGUCCUGUCUGGGAUAUAUUCCCCCCUGGACAACGACGGGAAGCAUGAAGUCGCCGCCCGGGCAAUUAUCCAGCGCGAGCUCGGCCCCGCAGUUAACGUGGUCUGCUCCCGAGAUGUCGGGCAGGUCGGCCUCCUCGAGCGCGAAAAUGCCGCUAUCCUGAAUGCGUCCAUCCUGACGUUCGCGCAACGCACGAUCCGGGGCUUCCAGCGUGCGAUUCGCGCGCUCAAGCUCGACUGCCCGCUCUUCCUUACCCAAAACGACGGGACGCUCACGACGGCCGCGGCCGCGGCUCGUCUGCCUAUUCGCACCUUCGCGUCUGGCCCGACGAACUCCAUGCGCGGCGCCGCGUUCCUCGCAGGUCUCGACGACAGUGCGGGCGAGGUGAAGGGAGAGCGUCGCGCGACGAUCGUCGUGGACGUCGGCGGCACAACCUCGGACGUCGGUGUAUUGUUGCCCUCCGGAUUCCCGCGUCAAGCGGCCUCUUUCAUCGAGGUCGGCGGCGUGCGCACGAACUUCGCGAUGGCGGACGUGCAGUCGAUCGCGCUCGGCGGCGGCUCUAUCGUCCGGUCUGUAGAGACGCCCAAGGGCCCGCGCGUGACGGUCGGCCCGGAGUCCGUUGGACACAACAUCACUCGCGACGCGAAGGUGUUCGGCGGAAACGCACUCACCGCGUCGGACUUGAUCGUCGCCAGUGGGCGCGCAGAGCUCGGCGACAAGACGAAGGUCGCGGACGUGUCUGCGGAGACCAUUGAGCUCGGGAUGCAGAGGAUCAAGAAGCUCUUGGAGGCGAUCGUCGACAAAAUGAAGACCUCCCCCGAGGACAUCACUGUUCUCCUCGUUGGCGGAGGCAGUAUCGUCUCGCCGGAGUCCCUCGCGGGCGUUGGCGAGAUUAUCCGCCCGCCGUUCUUCGGCGUCGCGAACGCUGUCGGCGCGGCCAUGGCGAAAGUUGCUGGUGAGGUCGACACUAUCGAGUUCCUCGCGGGACGCAACGUCCACGACGUCGUCGAAGAGAUCAAGACGAAGGCCAUCGCGAAGGCUAUCGCGUCCGGCGCCGACGUAGCCACAACCAAGAUCGUCGAAGUGAUCAACCUCCCCGUGCAGUACGUCACCAACGAGGCGACGCGCAUUAUCGUGAAGGCCGCUGGCGACCUCGCGCCCCUGUCCAUCGCCUCGCUCGAGGACUCCGUGCUCGCCUCGGCCGACUCGGAGGAGAACAGCGAGGGCGAGAAGGCGAUCGAGGACACGACCGCUGCUGCGGAGGAUGUCACGCUGGUCGAGAGCGCGAUCGACAUCGACACGUACAAGCCUACGAUACUCGCCAACCACACGUGGAAGGUGUCUGAGGUCGACCUCGAGUGGAUCGCAGAGGGCUGUGGUGUGCUCGGGACUGGUGGUGGUGGCUCGCCGUACCCGCCGUUCCUGAUGGCGCGACAGAUGUUGCGCGACGGCAAGCAGAUCAUCAUAGAGGAUCCUGACAACGUUUCGGAGAAGGCCAUGUUCUUCCGCUGCAGUUUCAUGGGCUCGCCCAGCGUUUCGUCCGAGCGUCUCCAGGGUGGCGACGAGAUCCCCUCGUCUGCGCGCGAGCUGAUGAAGUACCUCGGCGUCACCGACUUCGAGGGCACGAUCUCGGAGGAGAUCGGUGGCGGGAACGGCAUCCAGCCCAUGAUUGUCGCCGCCGAGAUGGGCAAGACCGUCCUCGACUGCGACCUGAUGGGCCGUGCAUACCCUAACAUGUGGCAAACGCUUCCUGGCGCGUACGGUAUCGAGAACGGUCUGUGGCCGUGUGCCAUCUCGGACGGUGUCGGUAACACCCUGGUCCUUCCCAAAGCGCGGAACGGCAAGGCCGUCGAGGACAUCCUGCGUCUCGUCACGACGGAGAUGGGCUCCAAGAGCGGUGUGAGCAUGGCUCCGAUGGACCGCGUCACUUGCGUCAAAUACGGUGUCCCCCAUAGCGUCUCGCAGGCGUGGCGCAUCGGACGCGCGAUCGCGCUGUGCAGGAAGCACAACGAGCUCAAGCGCAUUCCGCAGGCCAUCCUCGAGCUGCAGAACGGCGCGUGCCUGUUCAUCGGCAAGGUCGUCGACGUCAAGCGGGAGGUUCGCAAGGGCUUCACCUGGGGCGAGGUCACAAUCGCGCCGCUGCAAGAGGAAGAGGAGGAGGACGCGAGCGGCAGCGCGGCGUACACGAUCCCUGUCAAGGCGGACGACACGCUCGUCAUCCCCUUCCAGAACGAGAACCUGUACGCGUACGUCGCGUCCGCGAACGGCGAGAAGAAGAUCCACUCCACGGUCCCGGACCUGAUCACCGUGCUCGACUCUCAGAACGGUGCGGCGCUGGGCACGCCCGACUACCGCUAUGGCCUGCGCGUGACAGUCAUCGCGCUCGCGGGACACCCGAGCUGGACGACGACGCCCGAGGGUCUCGCGUGUGGUGGACCUGAGGCAUUUGGGUUGGGAGAGGUUCCGUUCACGCCCAUUGCGGCGUACAAGGAGCCGGCCAGCGUCAUCAAAGAGUACGGCGCGUAAGCGUGUGGAUUCCCAUCGACACCCCAGCG